UACAUUUAAACUACAUCUUCGUGGAAUUUGUACAAUGUAGGGCAUGUUUAAAAGUGUUUGUAAUUAUCAUCAAAGACCAUAUAUUUAUUUUAGUUUAUUCUUUAUAAAGGUUCUUGAUAUUGAAACAUAGAGACUGUGAAUAAUUGUAAAAGUCAGCAAUAGCAAACAAUAUAAUAAACUAUUCAGCAAUGGCAUAUAUUGAAAACGAUUAUAUUGGAGCACAAGUACAAAUAUCCACUCCAAUGAGGAUAGACCAGUUAAAACCUGUCUUAAAGACAAAUUUAGUCAUACCGAUACCUUUGAAUGGUCGUGUUAAAAUAACUGGUUGUCAAGUACUCUCCGACGGACAGUUUUUACUACUUGACCAAAUAAACCGGCGCCUAAUGAACUUCAACAAAGAUGGAGUCCAUAUCAAAGAUAUAAUAACAUUUGAUGGAAUUCCAUUUGACAUUUGUUUGUUUGGAGAUCAAACGGUCGUUGUUUCUAUUUUGGAUAAGAAUCAAAUUUUGGUGGUAGAUAUUGAAAAAAGUCUCAUUCUAAAGUCAUUUCCAGUAGAAGGUUCCUGUUAUGGGUUGGACAGCGAUGGCGAAACAUUGAUUGUUCGAUUACAAGAUAAAGGCAUCGUGAUCAUUACAGAUAUUGAUGGAAGUAUUCAAAUAAAGGUUAAGAUACCAGGAUACUAUUUUAUUCGUGUGGCUUUUUUCCAGGACAAAAUAUACAGUACACAUGUGAAUGAAAACACUGUAUCCUGUUAUACAAGAGAAGGUCAACAUAUUUGGUCAAUCAGAAACAAUGACAUAAAUAGACCAUUUGGUCUUUCAGUUGAUAACAAUGGAAUGGUCUAUGUGGCUUGCAAUCCGAUCAACACAGUUGUAGCUAUUUCCCCUGAUGGUACCUCGAGUAGGGUUAUUUUAUCCGCCAAAGACGGAUUGGACAAGCCUUAUGCUGUUCACAUUGAUAAGAAAUCAUCAACUUUGUUAAUUUGCAAUGAAGACAAUGCCAGAGCCAUUGUUUAUAGCAUUAUGAAAUAAAACUUCGUGCAAUAUAUUAUCGUUUCUGAAAAGCACUUUUCAACUUGUGGUAAAGUAUUUUGUGUAAAGUCCAUGUAUAUUUAAUGAAGGAUUUGAUAACGAUGGUAUGUCAAAAGAAUAGAAAAUGUGUAGAAAAGGCAAUCUUUCUAUCUCCUAUAACUUAUGGGAAUAUUAAUGUUCAGUAGCAACCACGUGGAAACCUUGUACAUUUAAUACACGGUCAUUAGACGUGUUAUAUUUCUAAUACACGGCUUAUUGCCGUGUGAUAUCUAAAAGGAACACGAUUCUUAGUAGUAAACAGUUGCAAGUAUUCUUAGUAGUAGAGGUACAUUCCUUUAAAGAGACAGCAUGACGGUGCUUCUCGCAAAUUAACUUCUCACAUGAGGCUAUAAAACAUCGACGUUUAGAUAUUUACAUAUCGCCAUGUAAUUACAGGAGAUCUCAACAACGUUCAAUACCGGGAGUUUAUAAACUUUCUUAAAAAGGGACUAAAAACAAAUUAAGAAGAGUGUUGUCAAAUUAUAAAACAUGUUAAGAUGUAUCGUCCUCAGG